AUGGCCACGGAAAACGAGCCAACCGCGAAGCUUCCCAAAGAUGAGGUCUACUACUGGAAUACUGCGGUCUUUCAGGUCGAGAAUCGUCGAUUCAGGUUGCCCUUGUAUCACCUGCUGAAAGGCUCGCAACACUUUGCAAAGAUAUGCGGUCUGGAAGAGGAGGUGGAUUCUGGUCUUGAACUGGGGGAGUUGGAUGGAGAGGGUUGCAGUGGCUCAAAGAGGGAGCAGGUCAUCAAGCUUGACGCCGACGUCGAUGAUUUCCGAAACUUUGUCAAAGUCAUCUUCCCAACAUCAUUUGCAAACGCACCCGAUCUCACCAAAGCCCAGUGGAUAUCCGUUCUCAAGCUCGCCACCUGUUGGCACUUCAAAGAGGCCCGACAGAUUGCCAUCGAGCACCUUGACGACUUCCCCCUCACCUCAAUCGAGCACAUCCAACUCGGAAAACAGUACUACGUUCCCGGGUGGCUUCUCCAUGGGUACGAAAAUCUCGUCCGUCAGGAAGACCCCAUCUCUCUCGAAGACGCAAGGGCCAUCGGGUUGGAAUCGGCUAUCCGACUGUACAUCGUGCGCACCCAGAUUGACAAGUACAGGCGAGACGAGGAUUUCCUUGAGCGGUCGUUUGCGGAAGAGAUUUCGACGUUGUCAGAACGCGAAUGGGAGUUGAUGACGGACGCUGAGAUGGAGCGUCGUUCGACGCAAACGGGCCCCAAGACGGCUGCGAAAAAGUGGAGGGAGGAAGAGGCUAAGAGGUCGACGAGGAGGCAGAAGGGAAAAGAGAGGGCGAGGGAUGAAGGGCACGGUGGGGAUGAAUGGACGGCGGCAGACUUCGACGACGGUUGUGACAGGCCGAGACUUGAAGGGGUUCGAUUAUCUCGUGGUGAGGCACAACGAAUACACAGAAACGAAGACGAUUCACAGGAUAAAUAUAUCAAGGACCUCGAACGCGAAGUUUGCGUUGCGACUAGGAUGAUGAUGAUGGAACGAGAGAAGAAGCACGAGGCGAUGUGGCGAUGCAUGAAGUAUGAUGAACACAACAAGAUCCUCAGUCGCAGGGUGGAAAUAUUGACCGGUCGAAUCGACUUGAAGCGACCGAAGCAAUCUGGAAAACGAUCUCAUGCCAGCAUCAGCGAGAACAAGGCGCUGCAUUCGGGUUCUGGGAGGGAGAAUCAUGCACAGAGAAGGCGGCUGGACGAGGAAGGGUGUACCUAA